GGCAAGGGCCAGGCUAGGAAGUAGCAGUAACUUUAAAAUGUUAAGUUGUACUAACUAUGAAUCUCAUUUUCUCUUACUACAGUUAUCCAGUUAUUAUAAAUUUUAUCAACUGUAAAUCCUGUAUGCUGUGAAUUUCACUGAGUUGCAGUAAUUAAAAUUUUAUCAUUCCAUAUUUUUUUUGUAGUAAAAAUAGUUAGAGAGUUAUCUGCUACUGUUGACUACAUCAGCAUGACCAUGGACCAUGGGUCAAUAUAGACAACACCUUACUCAGCCAUCAGGAUUGGUGCUUGGUGACACUUAACUYUUCAGGCCAUUUUCCCUCUAUAAGUCUAUGACCCAGACCUCUCACUCAUGGUGUCAGCUACAGUCAGUAACUAAAACUUAACACAGAUGCCAAAUCAAGCCUGAAUGUAACAACAGAACACAAGUCAAAAUGGUUCAUGAAUCACAGAAGAAAGUGUUUGUCUUUUUCAGCAAAURAUCCAUUUCAGCAACAAAGAGGCGGAGCCAGAACUCUGACAUCUGAUCUGAUAGGAGGAAGAAGCAGGAAAAAGGAAACAAAUACUUUCAAAUCGAGUUUCUGCUCAUUCUUUUAAACAUUAACACUAAAAGUUUGGACUGGAUAAAUACAAACCAGAAGUAUAAGAACAAAAGUUAUCUCUGCAAGAGUAGUUCACUAUGCCUUGAACUCAAAAGUCAACUCCCAAAGUUGUCUUUCCGGCAUUUCCAAACAAAAGAAUGUAAGUUAGCAGCACUUUAAUCUGUUGCUAUGACCUACAACUUAGAGAUAUAAGUACUGACAACUCACAAAAUAAUGUUUAAGAUUACAACUGCCUUGGUUUUUUUGGACUGACUUAAAUUAUUGUGCCCAAUAUGUCAGACUUAGUUUUUCAAGUUUUUUCCACUGAAAAUUGUUCUUCAUCCCAAAAAAAAAAAAACAAAGUUGGAUUUUUUACAGUGCAGUGAGAGUAAAGACUUGGUCCAGUGUUCCAUGGUGAGGACAGAACCCCCAUUGUUCUUCCUGAAUUUAAGUUUCGACUAUCGAUCAGACUUUCUUCUCCAGUACCUCUGAAUAGACCUUACUGGGGAGGCUACAAAGGGGGAUGCCUCUGUAACUGGAACGCACCCUCCUGUCCCCCUUUUUGAAGAGGGGACUCACCACUCCAGUCUGCCAAUCCAGUGGGACUACCCCCAAUGUCCACAUGAUGGUGCAAAGGCGUGUCAACAAGAUAGCCUCAUAAUUUCAGAUGUGAAUGACCCCAACUUUUUAUAUAUUUACAAAACGCUUGUCCAAAGAAUUAGUUUUUUCUAUUCCACGGACAAGACCAAAUAAUGUUCAAAGGGGCAACAUAGUAGACCUACAAUGCUGGAAUGCACUACAGGACCAUCAGCAAAAAUCUUGGUGAGAAUGUGACAAAUGUCAGUCCAUCUACACAACUUAAAAUCCUUAUUUCCCUUAUAAUCUUUCUACUAAAUAUAUAUGUUCRUUGCUCAUAUCCUUCCGUUUUUCUUUGUCCUUGUUUCUUAUUUUAGUGUCACAUAAAAAUCCAUAUCAGUCAUUUCCUGUCAAAAUAAACAUAAGCCUGUCUCUUCUGCUUUUUGUAAAAGAAAAUAAACAAAAAAUAAAAAAAAUCUAGAGAUGACUGAGUGAUGACUUAUGACGAAGUUUUGGCAGUGGUGGAGGAGUUCCUGUUUGUGGUGUAUUUAAGGAGCCUACAGAGGACAACUGUCACAGCAAGAUUCUGUUCAGUGUGUUGGAGUCAUUACGUUCUAUUUAUUUAUUUAUUGAAAAAUAUUUAAACUCUGGUAAAGUUAAAGCGAACACCUUCAGUCUAAAAGUGCAAAUGUUUCCACUUUAUUUUCUGUUGUGACUUUGGUUUCUUGGGUUUUUUCCUGCCAAACCUCAGGAUGCUGUUCUCAUGGAUUACUCUGAAGCAAAGCUUACAGGAGACCGUUUCUCUGGCUCUAGAUGCUUUUACCACAGAUCAAAGAAAAGACUGGAGAAGGACUCUUCUGCUCAUCGUUACCUGCAGCGUAACGAGCCUCCUGCUCAGCUCCCUGCUCCUCCUCUACCUCCUCUUCACUCUGGACUACAAGCUCUCYGUGGCUGGAGGGAUCACUGGCUGCUUCGGGUUUCUGCUGACCUCAGCCUUUCUCCUAUCAAAGACAGUAAGAUGUUUGGGGACUCUGUUUGUGAUUUCUGUUUUUAUGAAGAAGAGUCGGAACCUGCUCCUGACGGCUGGAACGAGUUUAGUUGUUCUUAAAAAUAUUCGAAACACUGUGGAGAACCUGACACGCCUGGUCCGAAGUAUGAUUUGUAAUCUGAAGGCAAAGAAAGCAUCCAUCACUGCUCCGUUUAGUAACUAUAUCAACAUGUUGAAAUGGAUAGGAAGUUUACUCAAAGGAGUUACAGAUCUUGGAGUAGUGAACCUUCAAUCUAAACUCAAAGUUUCCCCCAGGAUAGAAUCAGAAAACUUCGAGUUAAAACUGAGCGAAGCAGAGCAGAAGCUGAAUGAGACGGUGAAAAAUGCUCAGGCCCUCAUGGCAACCGUCUCCUCUGUGACUGAGAGGCUAUUUCCUGCCAUCAGCUUCCUCGUGCUCAUGCUGGUCAUAGCCCUACACAUAAAAAAAUUCCGCAACAACAUGAAGUAUCAGAACAGGUUCAUCAGCAGGAAGUUUGUUGUGUUUGAUGAGAAGCAGAAGGCAGAAGGAAAGCCCCACGUUCUCCCCCUCACAGCAGAGGAAGAGAAACUGUACCCCUUCAUCCCCUCGGCCCGUCCUACCACCAGAGAGGGGAAAGCUGUGCUGAAAUUUGGAGCCCCGAUUAUCUCCCACGCCGUAACCUGGAUUAUAUUCAUCACUGUGGAUGCUUUGUUGUACUGCUUCAUUGAUUUUGUUACAAAAAAGUUAUCAGAGCUGAAGCCUUUCCACGUUCCCCUGAUGAUAAGCUUUAAAGGGGUUGCCACCUUGAUUGGGAUACCAUUUGAUGAGGAAACCCAAGAGAAGGACUUUUCCUACUCUGUGACCCUGUUUGAGAAGCAGUGCCUCCCUGAACCGGAGCUGCUGUUGUAUAACUCGCUUUUCCCCCUGAGUGCCAUCCUGCUCACCCUGCUCAUCAUGGCUCUGAUGGCAGCCAAGGUUUCCCAGCUCAGACUGAUGGUCUGUGAACGAUUCUUUGCCACCACCGGAGACACGAGAGUGGAGUACCUGCAUGGCAAAAUCCUGAGGAGAAGAUUCAAACUGAGGAAGGAGAAUGACUGCAACUUAAAGUCAUUUAUUCUUAAGCCACAAUUCUGGUGCCCGAUGCUCUUCCGACCCAAAUGUGAUCCUCAGAGCGCUGCGUAAAAGAAUUCUGCUUUACACAGAACAUCGUCAGUGGAAGAGCUUUACUGAUUUCGGUUACAAGAACCUUCCCCUUUCUUCAUGUAUUUAUCCAUCCAUCCAUCCAUCCACCAAUCCAUCCAUCCAUCCAUCCAUCCAUUUUCUUCCYC